AUGUCACAGGACAACCACGUUCGAACAUUCCUGGGCGGAUCAACGGAAGGGACUAUUGUGGAGAAUGUGACUACUCGGCGACUGGGCGAAAAUGAUGUCUUUAUAAAGACCACCCAUUCCGGUCUGUGCGGAACAGACGAACACUUUCUACACGGCCACCAAGCUCUUGGACAUGAGGGAGUAGGUGUGGUAAAGCGCAUCUGUUCCAGCGUAACAAGUGUAAAGGUCGGUGACCGGGUUGGAUUCGGCUUUAUCCGACGUGUGUGUGGAAAAUGCGACAACUGUAUUAGUGCACCGCUUCUAUGUGCUGCUGCUUCGGUCUGGGCUUGUUUGACUAAUAAUGGAAUCCGCCCGUCCGAUCGUGUUGGUGUCGUAGGAAUAGGUGGUCUUGGCCAUCUCGCGAUCAAGCUUGCUGCGGCACUUGGAUACAAUGUGGUAGCACUUUCAGGCUCAGAAAAGAAACAGAAAGAAGCGCUAGAAUUUAGAGCAUCAGAAUUCUAUCGCUUUCCCAGUACCCAGGGGGGUGUCCGCAUUAAACCCGUCAAACAUCUUCUAUUGUGUGGCAGCUCCGAUGUCGAUUAUGCCUCCCUACUUGUGGUUGAUACAAAUGGAGUUAUCUAUCAUAUUUCUGUGACCCUGGAACCUACACCUAUCCCUCUAGUUCCCUUCGGUCAGAAGGGGAUACGGAUUCAGGGAUGUUUCAUCACUUCGCGGCGCAAUCUGCAAGAGUUAUUGGAAUUUGCGGCGCGGCAUGAUAUCAAACCGACUAUCGUGACUUUUCCUCUUACCAAAAAUGGCCUUGAAGAGGCGUUCGAGGAACUGAGAGCGGGUAGUAUCCGAUACAGGGCAGUCCUGGAGCACCGGGCAUUAUAG